AUGCGGCAUGCCUGCCCUCUAGCUGCACCUCAUACAGAAACGGCAGCGAAACAGCAUUUGGUGCUGCAGGAGCAUCAUUGGGUGGAGGGAAGGAGGGAGACAAGACUUGGCAGACAUCUGAAGUCACCUCCAGAGGCUCCAGGCGCAGACGACCGUCUCAACCACCUCAAGGCUCAAGCCCCCAACCUCGAGUCGCGGCUCGCCAUGAUUGAUGCUAUUGUCGCAAUUGCAACAGCAACCUCAAGGGUAAUCAUACACCGCCAUACUCCGUGCCAAAUCGAACCUCUCACUAUCUUUGCCAAUACAUGCGCAAUCCACAUCAUUCUGGCCGUUGUCGGACUUGGCCAUGCAGAGUCACGUUGGGUGCGGCAUCGAUCAAUCGUCGUUGCUUAA